AUGUCCCUCAUCGAACCGAAUCAAUCCUUGUUCAAGUCAGUCAAAGACAAGGUCAUCGUCAUCACAGGCGGUGCCCGUGGAAUAGGUCGCUCUGCCGCCCUUGCCUUUCACGGCCAUGGUGCAAAGGUCGUGGUUGGCGAUCUAAACGCGGAAGAGGGCAAGAGCUUGGUUUCACUGUUGGGGGAAAACCUACGUUUUGUCCAGUGCGACGUAUCCAAAUAUGGGGAUCAGCUUGCGCUAUUCCAAGAGGCAGAGCGGUCCUUUGGCCGUGUUGAUAUUGCCAUCGCAAACGCUGCCGUUGGCAAGCUUCCUGACCCGCUCACAGUGAUCGAGGAUGUCAAUGAGGAACCCCCUCUCCCCGAGGUGGAUAUCAACCUAAGGGGUGUCCUAUUUACCAGUCGGAUCGCGAUGCACUACCUGAGGCAGCACGGUGGAGGUGACCUUAUCCUUAUCAGCAGCAUAGGAGGAUUCAAGGAAACGGCCGACCUCACGCCCUAUCUCGCCACCAAGCAUGGCGUCAUUGGAGUGAUGCGAGGGCUCCGCAUGACCUCUCUGAAGAACGAUGACGUCCGAGUCAACGUUAUUUGUCCCUGGACAACACGAACAAUACUCACAAAAGCUAUCGCGGCUGCUUGGGAAGAGUUGGGACUGCCAAUGAACGAACCUGAGGAUGUGGCAACCUCCAUGUUGAUCUGUGCUACAGCGGGUCGAAGUGACGGCGCAACCCACAACGGAGCUGCCAUGCCUUUUCAUGGAAAGAUCCUGCUCGUAGCAGGAGGACAGUCGUACGAGAUUGAAGACGCAUUGCAAAGCCUAGAGCCUCGGUGGCUAGGAGAGAAUAACAGCCGAGUCAUUGCGAUGGGCCAGGACUUUCUGCACAAUGGAAAGACGUCUUGGCAGUAG